CACCUGAAUCCUUGUAUUUUCUCUUGAACUUUACUGACAAGCGUUUUCUUCGGAGUUUUAGGAGACGAUUCCAUAUCCAUACUCGCAAUUGCCUUGGCCAAAUGUAGGUCUUCUUCAUUCAUCUUAAAAGCCGGUAUUAAACGAUAAGCACAAUAAAAGACGAGUUUUACUAUAUCUCCGAAGGUACGAUAAAAAUUAAACAAUGACGAUAACGAAAUAAAAAUUAUGUGAUAUAGUGAGAGGCGGACACAGAGAUAGAAUCGAAGACGAAAAGAUAAUUGCCGCAGCGAAGCCAAUAUUUAUAACCUUAAGAUAAGACGUCCACUUAUCGACUGAACUGUUUGUUUGCGGGACAGAACCUCCCUCCUACUUUCGUUCGUCUCGGAUCCGACAUGAGCGCUGUUCAUUCUCGCAAAACUUAUUUUGAUUAAGCGAAUUCGGGAAUUAGAAGCUAAAUAAUUUUAAUGAAAUUUAUUUAAAAAUAUCUCCCUGUUUCUAAAAAUCAUAGAUUUUCCUUACUACAAGAAAAAUCAAAUAAUUCAAAUAAACAUGGCCAAUGCUUAAUUAAUAGUUUGCAUAACCUAAUUUAGUGUAGUCCAUGGGUUUUAAAUGUGGCCGUGUGAAGGGUGAUGUUUUUAAAUUAUACCAUGUAAUAAUAUCCAACUAGCGACCCUUGUUAAUUUAAUAAAGUUAAAUAAAUCCGAAGCCACACAUAUUCACCUUUUUAUAAGAGUCCCAUUGAUAUUUGAAAAAUGUUCAAAUUCACGGCAGUAUUUUUGAUUUUCAUAAUCGCAUUAAGUAGACAUUCUUGGGCUAGUAUACAAAUUGAAGAAAUAGAAGACAAUGAUUUUGCUGAAUUUGAAGAUUUCGAAGAGGAUACUAUUAAACCUGCAAAUGAACAACCAGUCCCAGAAAAAUCAGUAAAUGAUCAACAUAAAGCUCGAGAAGAUAUUUACGAAACUGAUAUGGACUCUAUUGUUGAGGAUGAAGAUAACGAAUUUGAACACUUUCAAGAUGAGGAAGAAUUUGAAGGAUUCGAUAGUGACAAAGUUACGGUUGGAGGGAAAGUAGAUGAAAAAGACGCACCAAAAAUCACUAUUGCCAAGGUACCUCUCCAUUUCCGUACCAAUUGGGACAGCUUUUAUCUUGAAAUGCUCAUGAUUGCUGGCCUGCUUGUAUAUUUCAUCAACUUCUUCAGCGGUAAAACUAAAAAUAGCAAAAUGGCCAGUGUGUGGUAUUCAACUCACAAAUCAAUACUAGAAGAGAAUUUCUCAUUGGUCGGUGAUGAUGGUAAAAUGGAAAUAGAAAACAGAGGUUUGAUAAAAGAAUCCGAGCAUCUUUACACUUUAUGGUGCAGUGGAAGAACUUGCUGUGAAGGGAUGUUGGUUGAGCUUAAGUUUUUAAAAAGACAAGAUUUAGUCGCUAUCAUUGCACAAAUGAUGAAGCCAUCUCAGGAUCAGAUCCACAUAAAAGUUGAUAUGAACAAGGACGAUAUGGACACGUUUGUGUUCUGUGUUGCUUCUAAGAAGACUGCUGCCAAACUUUCGAAAGACAUGGCUGAUUUGAGCGUAUAUUGUGUUGAACGGCGAGGUGGAGAAAAAAUGGGAUUACCCUCACAGUUCCAGAUUAUAUCUGAAAUGGGAGAGGUCACCUCGGCAAUCUUGGACUCUAAAAUUACUGCGCUAUUUAACAGACACCCUGAUCUCAUCGAUUUUAUCCAUUUCUCAGACCAGUUCUCCGGACCCAAACAGACUGAGGAAACUAACCUUACCAAAUUACCUUCUACCAAGAAAGUUCUGAUGUUUGGUUUCAACAUCCCAACCAAAGGGAGGUCGGCUGAGGAAGCAAUGGAUGCCCUGAAACCGCUCAUGAGCAUGGUCUUUUAUUGCAUUGACAAGAUUAAAAGAUACAGGCUUAGCAAAGAGGGAAAAAAUAAGGCUGAUAAAAAUAGACUGAAAGUUGAGGAGGCCUUUUUGAAAACUACUCACGCGGCUCGUGCGGAGGCAGCAGCGGCCAGGAGGGAACAAAAGAGAAGGCAAGAGAAAGAAAGAAUACUUCAGGAGGAUGAUCCAGAGAAACAGAGGAAAUGGGAAGAGAAGGAGAUGAAAAGACAAAUGAAGAAAAAGGCACCAAAGAUGAAGCAAUUAAAACAUUAAGGCUAGGUUCUGACAUUACUUUAAAUGGCAACGAUAAAUUAGGGCAGAGAGCAGAGGAACUAUCCAGCUGAUGUCGAGGCUGAUUUUGGAUCUCACCGAAACCGACGACAUAACCGGACUACAAUACCUCACUACACAUUAAAGUUGUCAGUAGAAAAAGAAACAAAAAAAAACUUCACUUUGAAGAUAAAAUAUAAAUUUUCUACUGACAUUUGAACUGUUAAGAUCUUAGCUAAUUUGUUAAAAUAUGGAUUAUAUUUUAUUUUGAUUUUUUUAUUU